AUGGAGGGCAUCAAGCAAACGUUUGCGCAAUGCAAGAAAGAGGGCCGGUCGGCCUUGGUCACCUAUGUGACCGCUGGCUUCCCAACUGUCCAAGAGACACCAGACAUCUUGCUGGGUAUGGAGGCGGGUGGCGCUGACCUCAUCGAGCUCGGCAUGCCAUUCACGGACCCAAUUGGCGACGGGCCCACGAUACAGAAGUCCAACACCAUAGCUCUCCGAAACGGAGUGACAACGGAAACAUGCCUCCAGAUAGUACGCGAUGCACGGAAACGGGGCCUAAAAGCACCGGUGUUGUUGAUGGGAUACUACAAUCCUCUCCUCAGCUACGGCGAGGAGAAGAUGCUGAAGGACGCGCGGGAAGCAGGCGUCAAUGGCUUCAUAAUAGUCGAUCUACCCCCAGAGGAAGCUGUGAGGUUCCGAAAUUACUGCACCAAAGCUGGUCUAUCCUACGUCCCACUCAUCGCUCCGGCGACCUCCGAAAAGCGUAUGAAGAUGCUCUGCAAGAUUGCCGAUUCGUUCAUAUACGUGGUGUCAAGAAUGGGCGUGACAGGUGCUACGGGAACAAUGAACGCUGCUUUACCGGAGUUGCUCGAGCGAGUGCGGAAAUGGUCGGGGAACAAAUACGCUGCCGUAGGAUUCGGUGUCAGCACAAGAGAUCACUACCGCAGCGUGGGAAAAAUCGCUGACGGUGUGGUCAUUGGAAGCCAGAUCGUCACCGAGAUCGGCAAAGCCCCGGCUGGACAAGGCGCGAAGGCUGUGGAGGAAUACUGCUCCAAGAUCACAGGUCAACAAGCGGGCCAGAAUGGAACAACGCGGGAGGUCGGCAUCAUCGAGACCCUUGCAGAAGCAAAGGAGCCCACUGGCGUUACUGUAGACAAAGUCAUCACAGACGCCGACACACCAGAUGGACCAGGACUCGUGGAUCAGAUUGAUGCUUUGAAUUCAAAUGGGACCGCCGAUCCCGCUGCAACACCCUCCCGAUUUGGCGAAUUCGGUGGACAGUACGUGCCGGAGGCUCUUAUGGAUUGCCUUACUGAGCUCGAGGCCGCCUUCUAUGAAGCCAAGAAUGAUCCUAAGUUUUGGGAAGAGUAUCGAUCAUACUACCCCUUCAUGGGUCGGCCUGGACAGCUCCAUGAGGCGGAAAGACUCACAGAGCAUGCAGGCGGUGCUAGAAUUUGGUUAAAGCGAGAAGACUUGAACCACACCGGAAGCCACAAGAUUAACAAUGCUAUUGGGCAAAUACUUCUCGCCCGUCGCUUGGGUAAAACCGAGAUCAUCGCCGAGACUGGAGCCGGCCAGCAUGGUGUUGCCACGGCCACCGUCUGCGCCAAAUUCGGUAUGAAAUGCACAAUCUACAUGGGCGCGGAAGAUGUUCGACGACAGGCUCUCAACGUUUUUCGAAUCAAGCUCCUUGGCGCUCAGGUCAUUGCUGUGGAGGCCGGCUCCCAGACUCUUCGUGAUGCUGUCAAUGAAGCGCUGCGAGCCUGGGUUGUCAACCUCUCCACGACGCACUACAUCAUUGGCUCAGCAAUUGGCCCUCACCCAUUCCCUACCAUCGUGCGCACCUUCCAAUCCAUCAUCGGGAAUGAAACGAAGGAGCAGAUGCAAGCGAAGAAAGGCAAGCUUCCAGAUGCUGUCGUCGCCUGUGUUGGAGGUGGAAGCAACGCUGUCGGCAUGUUCUACCCCUUCGCCAACGACCCUAGCGUCAAACUCCUCGGUGUUGAAGCCGGCGGUGACGGUCUUGACACGGAUCGACAUAGUGCCACUCUGACCGGAGGCUCUAAGGGAGUGCUACAUGGCGUCCGAACGUACGUUCUCCAGAAUAAACACGGUCAGAUCACCGACACGCACUCUGUCUCUGCUGGUCUCGACUAUCCCGGUGUUGGUCCCGAACUCUCAUCUUGGAAAGAUUCUGAGCGCGCUAAGUUCAUCGCCGCGACUGACGCCGAAGCCUUCCUCGGGUUCCGACUCCUCUCCCAACUCGAAGGCAUCAUCCCCGCCUUGGAAACUGCUCACGCCGUUUUCGGUGCUAUCGAGCUAGCCAAGACGAUGCGGAAAGACCAGGACGUAGUCAUCUGUGUAAGUGGACGUGGUGACAAGGACGUCCAGAGCGUUGCAGAUGAGCUACCGAAGCUGGGGCCUAAGAUUGGCUGGGAUUUGAGAUGUAAGUCUCCUUGUGCUUGA